GGGGCGGGGAAAAGGCACCGCUCCCUCCGGGUCCCUGAGCCGGGACGUGGUCGCUCUUCUCACCCGCUACGCGGCUGUCCGGGCGCUGGGACCCGGCAGCUGCUCCUCACGCAGCGGAGCCGCUACUGACAGCCCACGGCGGGCGGGCGGGGCGGUGGCUCCGUUCUGCGCCUGCUCCGGGCACCGGCAGCGACACCGGCACCGGCAGCGCAUCGUGGGCUCUUCCGUCGCACCGCGGGGCUGCUCCGCCGGGGGCUCGCCGUCUGCAGGACCCCGCUGGGAUCCCGCCGGCGCGGCAGGGGCCUCUGCGAGAGACCGCUCCGCUCACCGCCGGCCAUGGACGGGGACAGGGUGGAGGUUGACGGCGGGAUCAUGGAGGGGGGCGGGCAGAUCUUGCGAGUGUCCACGGCCCUGAGCUGCCUGCUGGGCCUGCCGCUGCGGGUGCGCCGGAUCCGCGCCGGGCGGAGCCAGGCCGGCCUCAGGCCUCAGCAUCUGUCUGGAUUGGAGAUCAUUCGAGAUCUAUGUGAGGGGAAGCUGGAAGGCGGAGAAAUUGGCUCAACAGAAAUAACCUUCACUCCCGGGAAGAUCAAAGGUGGAACCCACAUCGCAGAUACAAAAACAGCAGGGAGUGUGUGUCUCCUGAUGCAGGUAGCAAUGCCCUGUGUGCUGUUUGCUGCUUCUCCAUCAGAACUUCAUUUAAAAGGUGGGACUAAUGCUGAGAUGGCUCCUCAGAUAGACUACACAGUCAUGGUUUUCAAGCCAAUAGUUGAAAAGUUCAAUUUCACAUUUAAUUGCGACAUAAAGAAGAGGGGCUACUAUCCUCAGGGAGGAGGUGAAGUUGUAAUCCAGAUAUCACCAGUCAAAGAGUUGAGCCCAAUAAACUUAACAGAACGUGGCACAGUGACAAAGAUAUACGGAAGAGCAUUUGUUGCUGGAGCACUGCCUAUAAAACUGGCAAAAGACAUGGCAGCAGCAGCAGUGAGAUGCAUCAGAAAAGAAAUCAGAGAUCUUUACAUUAACAUUCAGCCUGUUCGAGAACCUGAUGAUCAAGCCUUUGGGACUGGAAGUGGAAUCAUUGUUGUUGCAGAGACUUCAACGGGUUGUUUGUUAGCUGGGUCAUCACUUGGCAAGAGAGGAAAGAAUUCUGACAAGGUUGGCAUUGAAGCAGCCGAGAUGCUGCUUAGGAAUCUUAAACAUGGUGGAACUGUGGAUGAUUCUCUGCAAGACCAACUGAUCAUUUUUAUGGCGCUAGCAAACGGGGUGUCCAGAGUGAAAAGCGGACCAAUUACACUUCAUACGCAGACGGCUAUACACUUUGCAGAGCAGCUGACAAAGGCCAAAUUUACUGUGACAAAAUCAGAAGAGGACGAUCCCAGUAAAGAUACCUACAUCAUUGAGUGCCAAGGAAUGGGAAUGAUAAACCCAAACUUAUAGGGAUUAAAAAUAAUACUAUAAAAACAGGCAGCAAGCUGACAACAGCCAAACUCAACAUACCUCAGCGAUUGCACUACAUGGCAAUGGAUGUAUAGGUGCCUGUGAACAGGAGGAGCCUUCUGUCACACCUGAGCGAUGUAACCUCAAGGCUGAUGUGGAGCUUUUCCUUGGAGUGCUGAGAAACGGGUGUGAAAAAUGGAAACUUGACUUUUUUUUUUCUCCUCUAUUAGUAGCAGCACGAUGAGGACAGCACCGACAAUACAUUAUGUGUAUGUGAGAGCUUCAGGUAGAUCUUGGAGAAUGCAGAUUCACCCAAAGAAAAUAACUAUAUAUGAGUUUUGAAGAAAUACUGAUACAUUCUUUCCCCUUAAAAAAACUAAGUUUUUCCUUUGGGAACCUUUCUGUUAGGAGGUUCAUGGAAUGAAGUGCACCAUCAGAUCCGUAUCGCUGUUCUUCCUUAACCAUUUUGCUUACAUUGUGUGUGAGGAAAUAAUAAAGCAGUAGCACCGCA